AACACUUUACACUCUUAUUUAUACCAAGCUAAAUAGGUAUUACCGGUACUUUUUGAUUCCAUUGUUCUCUCCUUUUGUCAAAAACAAAGCAUACAUAAAAUUCCUUGAUGGAGGGACAACAAAAUGGAUCAAAAUCAAAUUACACUUUUCCACCUGGUUUCAGAUUCCAUCCUUCUGAUGAAGAACUCAUAGUUCAUUACUUGCAAAACAAAAUCAAAUCGCGUCCACUUCCAGCGUCGAUUAUAGCUGAAAUUGAUCUCUAUAAGUAUAAUCCAUGGGAGUUACCUAAGAAGUCUUUGUUUGGUGAGGAAGAAUGGUAUUUCUUUAGUCCGAGAGACCGAAAGUAUCCAAAUGGAUUAAGGCCAAAUAGAACAGCAGCUUCAGGAUAUUGGAAGGCAACUGGAACUGAUAAGCCAAUAAUUUCUUCAUGUGAAUCAAAGCAUAUAGGAGUGAAGAAAGCUCUUGUGUUUUAUUCAGGUAGACCUCCUAAGGGAGUUAAGACAGAUUGGAUCAUGAACGAAUAUAGAUUGGUUGACACAACGGCGAAAUCGUUUAAACUCAAAGGUUCGAUGCGGUUGGAUGACUGGGUAUUAUGUCGGGUUCGAAAUAAAGGCUAUUCAUUGAAGAAUUUAUCUGAAAAUCAAGAGAAUCCUAGUGAACCAACCAUACCAUUAAACUUACCAAGGGGUGAAGAACGCCCUACAAACGUGAACCUUCGAUCUGACAUUAUCACAGAUUAUCAGUUCAAAGACUAUCAGAUUAUAGCCUCUAUUCUAGUUGGCGGAGUUAUACCUCCAACUGAGAACAUGUCGAGUUUGAGCGUUAAUGGAAGCAAAUUCAACAAUCUAAACUCAGUUUCUGAAGAAGGUUUCAAUAAAGCGAAUUCUCAAACUACAAACUAUUCUUUGGAAUGUUACUUCAAUCCACUGAAAAGAAAAUCUAACGAGGAUGAUGAUCAGUUUGAAAAUCUCAUUUCUUUUAACAGCAAGUUCAACUCUGAGAACAAAUUAUGCGAAUCUCCUAGCAUCGAUUUUCAAAAGCUAAACAAAUUUACCUUUACAGAAAGAUAUCAGCAAUGAUGAAGGCAAGGCACCGACAAUAGAAUAGUCGACAAUCCUUUAUUUUACAUUCAGACUUUCAUGGAUUAUUAAUACAGCUUAUUAUGAAGUAUAGAAAACUUGGAAUUACGAUAGGCGUCAAAAGUUCAAAUGAAUUAUAGUUUUAAUUCUUUAUAUGUUGUAAUAAUUAUUGCUACCU